UCAAAGCCUGGCCAACCAACAAAGAAAGAAAAUACAAAGUCUCUCUGACUCUUUGACCUCUUCUGAAUUCCUCACAGUCAUAGAAUGUGUAAAGCGGCCAAGAUCACGACCCAAACCCUAACCCUUGCCAGCUAAAGAAAAAAAUGGUUUUGUCCAUCAAUUAAUUAAUUCGGGCUCUGAUCAGGAAAAAGAUAAAAUAUAUUAUAUAUGGCUCUAAAAUGAAAAAUCAGAAAAUCUUCUUUGGAAUGGUAUAUCAAAGCUAGCUGCAGGUAGGAAUCGGAUUUUUUGGCGUAAUAUAUACUUACGUACUGAUCAGGGCAUCAUGAGGCCGGAAGGACUCUCCGGAGGCACAGGAAGGUGGCGUUUCAUCUCUUCACUGAGUGUUUGGAAGAUUUUCUCAUACCAAAGCCUGCCUCAACAGCCGCUCAAACUCUCUGUUCUCAAAUUGGAUGGCUCCUGUUUUGAAUUGCUAGUUGAAAGGACGGCGACAGUAGCAGAACUGAAAGAGGCAGUGGAGGAGGUUUUCAGUCGUUCACCAGAUGAUCAUGGAGAAAUUCAGAUUUCAUGGACUCAUGUAUGGACUCAUUUUUGCUUAUGCUACCAAGGUCAGAAGCUAGUAGAUGAUAAAGCAUAUAUCCGACUGUAUGGAAUCAAGGAUGAGGAUCAGAUUUAUUUUGUCCGGCAUCUUUCAAUUAACUAUGGCCAGGAAAAAGGCUCGUAGGGGUAGGAUGAAUCUGGCAGAAUGAUCACUUCAUAUAUAUAUGCACAGCUUUUUUGAAGUCUUCUCUACAAGAUCCACAUCAUGAAUUAGUCGGCCUCUACUAGUUCAUAUCAUGUGUGUACUGUGGAAAUUAAAGCAUGCAGCUUCUAGGCCAUUCUCUAUCAUCAUGAGUUGGCACGAGUACGUACGGAAAUGGAAAAAUGGAUGAAAGAUGAUCGAUCAUGAUUCUCUAGAGGUUGAGUUUAGGGUCCAGAUGAAGAGAGAAAUAAGUUCAAAGGUGAAUCGUAAGGAGAAUACUGUUCAUGAAGAUCAUCACAAAUGCUACUUCAAAUCGCCAAUUUUUAUGAAAUCUAUGGCAGGGGCUAAUUCAGAUCAGGAUCUGGAAUUCAAGUGAUUGAAAAUUGGCAAACUUCUUCAAGGCUGCAUGUUCUUCAUGCUCCAAAUUGCGCGCGGUGCGAGGAAGAAGUGAUCAGAUCACGAAGAUGCUGCAUGCAACUAGCUAGCCUAGCUAGCUGGAUUCACUACAACGGAAAUAUGCUUUUAUGGACAUAGAUUUUUGGUACGUAGUAAAAAAACCAAUACAUUGUCGUAGUGACUGGUCCUUUCGGAGGGCUUUGUACACGACCACGAGGGUCGAUCGAUCGGGUCGCCAUUAAUGAUGAUCAUAUCCUCAGCUGAGUAUAUGAGCUGCGCGCACGGGAGAUCGAAGUACUGCUGGGGCGAAACUACGUACACGUACGUACGUUUUAAGAGCAAUAAACAUGUUUGGAAGACCCUUUAUCGCUAGGCUUACAAAAUGGUUCUGGCAUCCACCAAAUACUUCAUUGACUACAAUUUUCUACU